AGUGACGUCACGCGCACAGGACGACGGGAUACAUGGCAGGCAACACGGCAGAACAGCAAUGGCGACCAUAAACCACGGCAGUCCGUCACAGUUUGUGGGCCAGCCCUGGUCGUCAUGGGCCGAAAAACUUGUCGGUCGUGAAAAUAAAGAUGCUCUAUCAUCGGUCCAAGGUGAUGAAGCGGACGGGGCAUUGGAAGUUCCAGAUGAGGACACUGACAAGGAGCAGGACAAGGAACAAGUUAUGAAGCUCAGAAUAGAGGAUGCAAAUGUGUUUGGUAUCUGCCCAACACAAGAUGAAUUCUACCUGGUGGUGUGUGAGCGGUGUAGUCAGGUCGUCAAACCACAGGCCCUGGAAAGGCAUAUGGAAUUACGGCAUGGCAAACCACCGGACAAACCACCGGACGUCCCUUGCCCGAUGGAAAUAAUGCACUCGCCUCCCAUCCGCAUCCCAAUCACUCCCAGAGCCCCCCUAUGCCAUCAGCCCCAGUCAAGUAUCCCCCUCAGUGGAUAUGAGGACAGUCACCAUACGCACAGUGAACUCUCUUUGCCAUCGAGGGCGGCAUCACAGCCGCAAGCGUCGGAGAUGACCUUCGACACAGUACUUAAUAAGCCAUUGCCAGUUCAUUUAGUGCAAAGACAGGAAUCCCCCCACAAUUACACAACGGGUAGAAGCGGGGAUGAUGCAUCACCAGCAGUAUCUGGAAAACUGAACUCACCGCUAGAAAUACAGGACCGUUUUGCAAAUCUGGUGAGUCCCACCCUCCCAGUCGUCAGAAUUGAAAAGAUGUCACCCCAACAAGCCAACGAUGCUGGCAUGCAAUCUCUGGGAAUCUCACCGGUGUCAUUGGCAAGCAGCCAACAGACUACAAUUGAGUUGGUACCAGUGUCAAGCGGAUCUCUCCAGUGUGCUCCCAAUCUGGUCCCACAGCAGCAGUCGCAGACAUUGGCCCAGCAUCAUCAGACAACCAAACCGGUUCCAACCGCUAUGGUCCAGUUGGCACCGGGUCCCACCACAAUGAUGCAGACAGUGAAACCAGGCCUUGUCCAGCCACCACCAAUCCAGCCAGCUCCUACCGGUUUGGUCAAGCUUGCUCCUGCUCAGCCUGUACCAAAACAAAGAAACAAAAAGCCGUCUCCAAAGAAGAAUAUAUUGUGCAAAGAUCGGGAGUUUGAUGUGAACAAGCAUUGUGGUGUAUGGGUAGAUGUCGACCAGAGACAGUGCACAAGGUCUCUCACCUGCAAGACUCAUGCCUUAUCACUACGGAGAGCUGUCAAAGGAAGACGGAAAACUUUCGAUGAACUACUUGCUGAACACAAAGCCCGAUCUCAGGCCCAGGCAGCUGCAAAUAACCCAUCUCUGCUCAAGAAAUCUACUCAACAAGCAGCAGCAUCAUUAGCAUCAUCAUCGGUAUCCAGCCUAGCCCAACACAACGCCACCACGCCCCAUGGCACAGCUAGACCCAGCACACCCAAGGCUACACAAAGCCGCCCCAACACGCCCAAAGCACUGACGCCCAAGGUCCUAACCCCUAGACCACAGCCAGUGGGUAAUCUGCAUGUGAAAUCGGAAGCAAACAGCAAGCCAUUGACUGUGUUCCAGAAGAUCAUGCCUGUACCUGGGCCUACCAAGACUUACAACUUCAACUUAGUUCUUCCGGCCAGUAGAAAAAGCCACCAUCCUCCGACAGUGCUGGACCCUGUACCUAUGGAGGCAACCGUUAACGAGUGUAAAACACAUCCACAAGAGGGUGGAAGUACCAACAGCAGUAACAGCCAUGGCAAACCUUCCGAGGGAGAUAAGACAACGAAAGAAGACAAGGAGAAAUGCGAUUACUCCUGCUCCCAUCACCAUCCCAGACCAGUUGCAAUGUGUUCCUUUGGUGCACGGCAAGUUGGUAAGGGCCUUUACGCCUUCAAUCGGAGAUUAGAUCAUCUAAGAUCCACCAUGGCUGCCUUAGUGGAGAAACACUCCAGACCACCUCCAUUCAAGAAAAUCUGCUUAUCAAGUGAUUCAUCUCAAGAAUUGACAACCCCUAUGGAUACUACUCCUCCGUCCCAUGCCUCUGAGCUUCAAAGCAACAAUUCUGCAUCUCACUCUGCUGCCUCCACAAGUGCAUUCACUCUGUCAAGUGCUUCACCAUUUGAUAACACUCCUAGUGGGAGUAGGAACCCUGCUACAACAUGUAGCAGCAGCAGUAGUGGAACUAUUGCACUCAGUAAAACCAAGAGCUUGCCUAAUGCCAUGUGUAACAACUUCAACAAGGGGCUUGCCACAGGCAAGAAACUGAGUGGGAAAACGUCAGGGAAAACUCUGAGUAAAUCUGCUGACGGUAAGGUGUCUUCAUCCCUCCAGCAUCCGAUCAAGAACUCCAAGGCCCGUAGGAAAAGCGGAGGUGGCGGUGGCAAAAGCAAUGCAGGUCUGAGUGGCAAUGUUGCACAGAAUUUGUUUUCAGUCUCCAAUGCCAGCCCGGUAACAUUAGCAGGCUCAAGUAGCUAUUCCAUUGUGACUAACAGCGGACUGCAACCGGGAGAUAUCCUCAGCAGUGGCAUGGUUAACUUGGAUCCUGCCUCUAUCGCUAAUCAGGAAUUGUCAGGGAACCUUCUGAAAAACCUACGCUUUGUGGUGACCAACAUUGAACCCAGUGUGAAUGGUGGUGCUGUCGGUAAUGCGGCAACCCCUCAAACCACUGGCAACUUCACUGUUCCCAUACUGAAUGCAACGCUUGGAAAUACUCCAGUAUUACUAGGGAACCUUGGUGCCCUAGCGCUGCCCUAUGACCGGAAAUUGAACGUGAAAUCUCGAACAAAGAGUGCUGGCUCAGGCAAAUCCUCAGUGGAAAGGCAAGGGCGACGCCUGUCCGGCAGCAAUACAACAGCCAGUCUGCAGAAUGUAGCAAUACUUAGUCAGCCUUUUAUUGACAGUUCAUCCCAGGAUACAGUAGGGACUGGUGCAGGAGUAUCUGGUAGUGAGAGAGGAACCACACUCAAUACCUGUCAACCAUUACAGAGUCCACAGUCUGUACCUAGCCCUCAACUCAGACCGAACUCAGCCAGUCCUCAGCUGACCUCGCCGCUCCCCAAUGGCAUCAUUCCCUCUCCAACCAAUAUCACAUUCAAGCCGUAUACGAGUACCUCCAUAGGUACCACAACGGCAGCAUCAGCCAAUCACGUGCAACGAGGGAUGAGUCCCAGUAGAACCAGUACACCCUCACCGAGUACGGGGUCUGCAGACGCAUCCCCUAAUGUAACCGCCCAACUGCUAACAGGCUCAUUUAAUACAAGUGGUAAACUUACUCUAGUCUCACCAAAAGGCAGCUCACACAACCUUCAGAAAUCCACCUUGAACCAAAAACACAGCCACCAUCAACACCAUCCCCAUCGGACCGUGUCACAGCUCUCCAACCAGCAGCAACAGCAGCAGCUUCAACAACAACAACAACAACAGCAGCAGCAGCAGCAACAAGCGCUACAGUUUCAUCAGCUGCAACUUACACCCCAGCAAAUUCAACAGCAACUUCAGCAACAGAUUUCUAAUCUCGUAGCAAUGGAUCCUCAGGGCAAACCGUUGCCGCUGAGUAGCGCCUUGAUUCCUAACCUCUUCCAGAGCAUUCCUACCCAGCAAGUGGGCACAGGGGUCCUGCCAGGGGGUCUGACGCUAGCCCCUGCUGUAGCUACAGAGCAAGGGGGUAAAGUGCUGUCACAGUCUACCGUCCUGCCACAGAGGGCCAUUGCCUUACACCUACAGCAGCCAGGAUCAGGCCAGCCAAUCAGAUUACAAGGUGCCGGACUAUCUGACCAAUCACAGAUUGGUAUGAGUCAGGAUGAAGAUAACAGACAGGAAAUCAAGAUGCAGCACUGAAAGCCAAUCGGAGCCCGGCAAACAGAUGGUGCCUGUGUGGAUUGGCUACUUGGAUGAGGGUAUUUUGUGAAUAAAUUAUUUUUGCCACAUUGUAUUUAAAUGAAUGGAAUCAGGGAACAAAAGUAAUAUAUUUAGUCGUUUAUACUUAGAUGUCUCAUGACAUCAGAUGAUAAGGCUUUAUAUUAUUUUUAUAAUGAAUUGCAAUUAAUAUAAUAAUAAUUGUGAUUGUUUCAUGCAGAUAUUGAUACUCAAAGAACAAAGUCUAAUACCUUUACAAACCUGAAGGCAUAAUAGUCCAAUACAAUUAUUCACUUGGUCAAUUUAUAGAAAUAAGAAUUUUAUACCCUUAAAACUAUUCCCUAGUCUAUGAUCCCUGAAAAAAAUAAUGUAAGCUCCAGCUGUUGGGAUCUGGCUGUGGUGACCCACCAAACUAGCAUUUGGGCUUGUUUUUUGGUAAAAGACAAUUUGUAAAUCGCGACGAAAUACUUUGCACUUGCAUUUUGCAUUAUAACGUUGGUUUCACCACAUAUUGAUGAAUAGGCUAGAUUCCACGGAUCAUAAAGCACAGUUGUAGUUGAGUCUGAGUCUCGAGUCAUUUGGUUCAAGUCUUGAGUCUGAGUCACGAGUCACGAGUGCAUGGACAUGGCUACACAUACACAUACAUGUGAGCAAUACAUAAGUGAUGCGCUGUCGUGGGACAUAGGGAGGGGAGCUUUUCAAAACAAACAUGAAUAUUAGCAGCAUGACCUGGAGGCUAGGGCUGUAUGGUUUGUGUGCUUAACGUUCUUUAGUGUGGCUUUAUCGAAAAUAAACACCAGAAUAAUUACAAUAUUUGUAACUUUUUCAAGCAGCCGUUCCAUUUUUUUCAAGCAGACCCAGUUCGUUUUUUUUUUAAGGAGACCCUGUGGCAUCCCUGUAUCCAUAAACAAACCCAUAAGCCCUAUAUGUGUUAACUUGCCGAUUUAUUCCACAUAAAGAUAACCCUCUGCAAACAGAAAUAUUGUUUAUUCUUUGAGUAUCAGUCAUGUGCAAAGUUUCCUUUAUUGAAAACUGUUUGAUAAUGAAUUAUAUUUCAAAAUGGAGAUUUGUGCACUCUUAAAUGUAAGCAUUUUAUAUCUCAGCAUCGAAACUAGUGUUUGUUGUCAUUGUAUGAAUGAAUUGUUACAAUAAUUAAAUCAUGGUGACAGACAAGUGAUCUGUUACACUGCUCUUACUGGAUGCAUGCAGAAUGGAUGGGAGUUGGAGUAUUGGCAGCCGUGAUGUUUACUGAGAUUUGUCUGUACUGGAUGUGUGUGAAAUCUACGCAAUGAGAAUGGUCAAAGGAUGUCAAUUAAAAGGGAUAGUAAAUUAUGCCAACUGCAUAUGUACACAUCAAAAUUGGACAAUUUUCACUUUAAGAUAAGCACCGCGUCAUGUACUUGCAUGCAUGCAGGCCACAGAGAACACCAGUAAAAUGGAAGUGAGGUUGCAGUUCUGAAGUGAGUAAUAAGACUCAAUCUUUUGCUCCAUCUUACUCGCACAUUUUAUAUCAGCCCAUUUUUUGAUUGCAUACAAAACUUACUGAUUGUAGACUCGGUUUCAGUGGCAUCCAUAGACUUGUAUACGUUUAUCUGUGUGUUGAUGAAGUGAAUAUGAUCAAAUCUUGAUGUGGACAUCCACAGUUUGAAUACCCACAUGGCAUGUUGGAAAACUGUUUUUUCCUUCCUUGUUUUCCUUCUUUUUCCCCCUUUAAUCUCUGUACUAAUCUUUGACUUUUAACAUAGUGGGAUGAGAUCAUCCCAUUUUUUAAAAGAAACGCUGCGCAGCUCUCUUUGAUUUUAAUACAUUUUUGAUAAAAGAUCCACUAUUCAGAAAUAGUUAAGUACAUUACCUUACCUAUUGAAAGAGUGUCAUUGCAUGGUAAUGAUCGUGCCUGCGUGACUUCAAUUAUUGGAUAACAUCAGUAUUCUGUUAGAAUGACCUUGUAGCUUUACCUUGCCAACUUGUGUUUUUUUCAUUUUCUGACAAAAUUGUGUUUAUUGAACCUUUGAAUUCUGUGAACAGUUAAUGUAAUUACCAACAGGCAGAUUUGCAUCUGGGGGCUUCAACUGUAGGUCCAUAAGUCAGCUGAAUGAGUCCUUAUAAAUCAAUGUGUCCUCAGUUGAAGGUAUAAGUCCUCAGUUGAAGGUAUUUGUCCUCAGUUGUAUGGAUCCUUAAGUCCUCAUUCAUAAAUUAAGAAGUCAAGUCGCCAACAAUGUUGCAAUGAUUGAAUUGACACAAUUCUGUGUUUCUAGCUUGCCACGGUUAUGAAGUUAUUUCAGUCAUGACAUUGUAGAAACUUUCAAAUAAAAAAAUAGGGUAACUUUUUUGACUAAAAUACUUUAUUUAAACUUCCAAACUUCUCAGAUUGCAAAUACUGUACAGAAUAUAAUUUGACGUUAAGUAUGUGCAUUUAAAUACCACAUCCUAGGCCCAUGCACAUGUUUGAGUUACUGAAUGAGUCAAAGUGUUUAUGCAAGUCUAUCUUAUGCCAACUCAUCUUGAUUGUGUUGGACCUUCCUUUAGUCUAGGGUAAUGGUCCAUAUGUUACUGGACUAUGAAUGUAUAUCAUCUUGUUAACUUAUUUGAAUUUAAACAUGGUAAAUUCCGUAACCAUCUGAGUGGUAGAUAAUGUUUCAUAUGCUUUACCCGUGGAUUUGUAAAUUCAGCUGGUGUUUUUUUUUUUUUUUUUUAAAUUGAUUGGAUAAUUAGGCCAUACCCAUAGCACAUGAUUACUGAUUGGCUGAAAUUCUAUUUUCAUAAAAUGUUGCAGCUAAAUGCGAAACAAACAUCAUUUACAAGAAACCACAUUGUUAGCUUGCCCUUGUAUAUUUUCUUCUGUUUACAAUGGCCCUGCCGCAUUGAGGCAAAACAACGGCUGAAGAUAACAGGGUUGGGGUCCUACUUCUACUUGGAGGAUUAUUGAGGUUAUUAGAAGGCAUGUAUUGAGAAAACAUCAAAAUGAAUGCAACAAAAUGCAGUAUCUGUAGUUGUUGGAGAUUCAAGGAAAGAGCCUAGUUUACAUGUGAUUGGCCUGACAGUAAGCUGGUUUACUCAGCAUACAGGCUGGUGUGGAUUGGCUUAAGGAGUCUGUGCAGAAGUACCCCCUCAAGGGUUACAAGGGGAGAGUUGGGGAGAUCACUGGGAGGGACAUUCAAACGCAUUGAUGCUCAUGCCGCAUGAUGCUCAUGCAAAGAUGCUGUGGGUUUGUGCACGAUCAGAAUAAAAUGAUUCAUGCGUACAUUGCACCAUGUCAUCAGCGCUCACAUGCAAUGUGUCCCUCCAACAGGGGGUCUCAGAAAAUGGUCACAAAGCGCUAUCAUACCUCCUGUGACAUCAGUAGUGUACAGAUGAUUCUCAAAAGCAGCACAAGACAAAGACUUAGUCUCUCCCAUCUCAAGCUGAGGAAGGGAUAACCAUCACUUUGACUAGUUCAACUUCUUCUUUUUCGUCUCUGUCUUUCACAUAGGUUGAUUCUCAGUAAGUCAAGGAACCACAGUAGCACAAAUCUGAAUGGCUCUUCUUAAUUACACUGCGAGGGAGAUAUGUUAGUUCUCUUUUGUGAGAGAGCAGGUUAUUGUUCAUGUGCUUUACUACAUAUUUUUAAUAUAUGCUUCUGUCAUACUUUUACCCAGUUGAAUUUUUGACUGAUACACAAGUCUAAAAGUAUAACUAUAAAGAGUGUUUAUUUUAAAUUGUGUGUCAUUCCAGUCAGUUGCUUGUAUUAAUAAACUAGGAUUGUUCCCUUCAGUGAUGAAAGGUAGGCACAUCAAAAAGCAUAUGCGAACAAUAAGAGCAUGACGGGAACCCUUGACCUUCUGCUGAAAGCUUGCUGGUGUUUCCAUCGCCAUGUAGUAGUGGGUAUUACAAUCAAUGACAUGUCCAAAAUUGUGUUCUCUAUCAAGUUCUUAUAAAGACUCAAUUUGUCAUUCUAGAUGAUCCAGUGAUAUUUGAAUAAUUUUAAUAACUAUUUAUAGCAUGGUGCAUUAGUAUUUAUAGAUAAAACAAUUUAACAGUUCAUGUGAAUGAGCAGUGAAUUUUGUAAAUUAUUAGCAGAAUGAAAUAAGUAUUUAUCUCAAAGUCCUUGAUUCAAAGGAAAGCAUCAUAGUCUCAAUGGCUUUGAUUUGAAACCCCAAAACAAAUUUGGUUUGUUGUGUAUUCACUUCCAAAGGAAAUGAGUAUCCUCAAGUUCAUAUCGAUAACGAAAUAUCAACUGAUGACUAGAAACGGACAUUUCAUUGGAGUUGUCAGAUAAUUUCCUCUGCCUGAAUGAUAGUACUCCUGGAUCACACAAUGUGCUUUGAAGGUUCUUCAUAGUACAUAAUCCCAAUACACAAAUAGAUACAUCUUUAAGGGUUCCAACAUCUGUUUAUUGUUUAGGUGCCAGCAUAUCCACAGUUUCUUUCGGAAAAACAGGAUAUCAAUUGAUUCAACAAAAAAAAACACUUUGAACUUCUUUCAGCUAAUCUAAACACCGGAUGCUAAUGGGGAUAGAUCAAUCAAUCAUUUAAGCCAAUAAGUUGAAAUGACUGUUUGUAAUGUUACCGCCCUAUUGAGGGGUUUGAAUGAAUGUGAUGAGGACUAUAAAUAUCAAGAAUGUCGUUGCAUCCAUGUCAAAAUUGUACGUUUUCUUUCAUCUAUAAAGUGGCAUGGAUAUAUGUGUACUCUGUAAUUGUUGUUUUUCCAAGUUUUUUUUCCAUACACUGAAUACUUUGCUGUUAUUUAUACAGAUUCUAUUUCAUAUUCGGUGUAAUAAUUGAUAACCAAGAUAGAUUGUAAUAUCUAAAUGAGAUAUUACUAUGUUCAGAAACCACCUGGUUUAUCAGUGUGACCCUUCCCAGUACAUCAACGGAUUACACUGCAAGAACAACCAUUUUGGUAUUGUGCAUGAUUGGCCCAUUGCCAACCACAUAAACCUUUCCAAAUUGUUGCAAUUCAUUUAGCUACGGCACCUCAUUGACAUGCAGAACGAGUUUCAUCGGAAGCCAUUUUGUUUAACAAUUUAAAAUAUCUCUUACACAUGUAUCUUGUUGCACGAUAUUGUACAGCUCACACCAAACCAGUUAUUCUCAACAUAGGUGGUUUCCCGAGCAUGUUUUCUUAAUUUACAACUCCGAAAGUUCCCAUUCAAUAACCGAAGUUAUUAACUCUCUUUAGGGUAGUACUUGUAUUGGAGUCUAUAUAUAGUAUUCCAGUCACUUUACGCACUUUCAUUUAUGAAGUCCCUUUGUCAGAUGUUUGUGUUUCAAAAUUGCAGCAGAGUGUCAUUUAGCUAUCAGUUGAGCUCACUGUUCUUCAGCUAAUAUAGGCUGAAGUAGAAAGAUUCAUGCUUAUACCACAUGUCAACAUACACACUUAGGUACUUCCCCCAAAGAAAAGUUUGCAGGUCCUGCGUAUACACAAAUGCCAUAUGAAUGUUUCAAUUCAAACCAUCGGUAUAGUUAUUAAUUAAACCCAAACGUAUUUUUGAAGUAACAAUUUCAUGUUUUAAGUUUAUCAUACGUGUUUUCAGAAGUAUUUUUGGAGUACAAACCACACCGAUUUGAGAAAGUUAAAAGAGUUUUUGAAAUACUGUAUAAGCAUUGCAAUGUGUUUAAUUCUUUAAUUAAUUUUAAUUUUUAGCAUUGAUGUAGUCUGAGAUUCCAGAAAUACUGCGUGGAGUGUUGUAAGUUAAUGUCUCGUGUAUAUGACUGGAGAGGAAAACAAAAUGGCACGAAUUAAUUUUGUGUAAUAUGAAAAUAUGUAUAUGCCAAAUGAAUAAAACAUAUUAUUGUACAGUUGAAUAGCAAUAGGCUACUGUUUUCUAUAUUUUUUUUCUGGGGAAAGAAUAUCACAUUUCCAGUAUGUUACAUUUUAAAAUCUAGUAGCAUUGACAAGAAAUGCAUAAACUAUUAAUAAAAAAAACAAUACUUAUUGUUAUUAAUUCUUAAUAUCAAAUAAACAUAUUUUCUAAUGUAUUCGUGUUGAAAUGUAUUGUAAAUAUUUUGACAUAUUUUUGCCAUACGUCGAACAGACAAGUUUAUGUCCUUAAAUGUGUGUUCUGUAUGGGAGUUGAGCAUUGGACUGUUUUUCAUACUUUUUCAGUUAUUUAUUUUUCUAUGAGGUAUAUUGACAUUCAUGUGUUCUCUCCCAUAUGUAUUAUCAAUAGAUUCCUCAGUACAAAUUGAA